GCUAGGGAGUGGGGGGUAGUCCAUGAGCUGCCUCCCAGGUGCGCCAGUGGUGGGCUCUUCAGCAGUGUGUGUGAGGGCAGAAUGAGCACUGCAUAGUAAAAUGGCAGCUGGAGUGAAAGGAACGUCUACUAAUGAUGACACUAGCAGAAACUAUGGAGCCUUGUAGUGCCCUGUGCUUGUAUUGUUAUCUGUGAAUCUACUCAGAGGCUUCUGGGGAAACCCCAUGAAGGACAGGCCCCUUCUUGGCAAAACAAGUUGAGAGAGAGCCUCGGGGCCUGUCUACACUACCAAGUUUUGUUGACAAAACUUAUGUUGACACCCAAAAGUCGACAAAACAAAAAUCGCCAAAGGAUGUUCACACACGCUCCCUCUGGCAGAUGAUGUCCACAUUGGAGAUGCCGUUAUCGACAGGGUGAGCAAUGCACCGUGGGUAUGUAUCCCACAGUGCAGUGUUGUGGGAAGGAAGAGCUGAUUACUGCGCAUCUUGGGAUUCUCUCACAGCCCCCUCAGCUACCACAGCAGCAUCGUGAGUAGCUCGGUGAGCUCUCUGUGCUGAGGAAUGGCAAAGCAGCACAGCAGACUGUCCCCGGCCCCAUCCCCCGGCAGCAGCAGUCUGUGUCCCUAGUGCAGGGCAGAACAGGAGCAUUUCCCGCAGCUUUGAAAGGGGAGGGGCACAUGCCUGGAGGAGAUCAAAACACUGAGCUGAGCAGUCAGGGCAGGCAUUGUGGGAUAGUGGCGGAAGCUAGUUCUGUGGACAGAACAGUCAGCAGUGUCUGCGCUGGCUCUUUGUUGACAAUAAAGGGAGGGGAAAGGACAAAAGUCUCGGGUGGAUGUUUUUCGCGACUAAAGUCCCAUUGUAGUGUGUACGCUCUUUCUGUUUUGUCGCCAAAAGGCAGUUUGGGGGCCAAAACUUGCCCAUGUAGACAAGCCCUCGCUUGAUGAUCAAGGACAUUACAUUCAUCGGGAAAGGGAGGAGAUAGGGUACAAACCCCUGGUUACGGGGUCAUGCAGUUUAGCAGACAGACAUCUAGGUGGUUCUGUUCAUGUAAAAUACACUCCUGCUGGUAGACAACUGUAGCUUGGUGAUUUGAGUUCACCAGCAGUGGAAAAACUUGCAGCUGAUGAGCUUUGCCCUGCGGUUCCAGGGAGUGCGCUGUCUGGGGCAGCAUUUUCAGACUGAGCAUCGCCUGAGGGUGGAUGAGAGGCUAACUGUUUGGGGGACUGCAAAUGACAGGGCCUGGCCUGCUGUCUUCUCUCUUGUGGUGUGAGUUUUCUGUAUAGUGGUGGUGUGUGAAAAACUGUUAAAUCAAACAGGGAACACAGGCACCUUUGACUAUUUCCAAAUGCUUACUUCUGAGCCAUGUUCCCCUGGGGAAGUAAAUAGUUAAAAGACACCUCAGCAGGCUGAUGGGGCCCAAAAUUCUUCUUGAACUUUCUUCAGAGCCUGAAAAAUGUCCAGCUUCUCUAAAUCACAGACUGCAGUUUAAAAUUGCUCCUUCUCUGUUGGACCAAUGACAAACCUGGCAGGUUCCGGGUUGGUCUGCAGGCCUCAGUCUCCGGCCGUUGCUCACUUUUGCUGUUGAUGAGCCAGACAGGAUCAGCAAUUCCAAGACUCGGUUCAGAAUGGGGCUUUCUCAGCAGAGCAGAGUGGAGGGACUCUGCAGUGCAUGCUCCUACAUCAAACCAAGCUGGCUGGUCCAGUUUUAGGCCUCUCUCUGUCCCAGUGGCAUUCCUUUUAUUGCUUGAGCUUCAGUGUCAGCACUGUGCCAGCGGAUCAGGAGACAAUGCUGGCCCCAACGAGCUUGCUGUUCUGGUACCUAGCCUUGCAAUGGUGACUCCCGCAGGAGGCCUCCUUUUGUUCUGGUCCUCUUUGGGUCACUGGGGCGGCUUUGGCCUGCCUGCAGUACUGUCUCAGUAAUGACUGAGCAUGAUGUGGAGGGCAGCCAUGUCUAUCACUGUGCCUAUCCCUCCUGUAGACACAGUGGUGUAUGCACCAGCUACAGGUAGAAAUCUUGCAGGGGACAAUGUUGGAUGGCUUUGCUGUGAAGAGGAGGGAGCUGGCAUUGGGGUCAGAAUGGAAGGAAGAGAUGGGUGAGGGCUGGGUCCCUGUGAGGGAGUAGGCAGGGAUGAGGCUGUGGGCGAGCAGAGCUUUGAAGGUCCUAUGCUUACGCUUUGUGGGGAAUGGUAGAGUCCGCACAGGUGGCUGGCGACAUGAUGCAGGUUGCUAGCAGCAUCUGGAGGGAGAAGCAGGGAGACCUGAGAGCAGAUUGCAGGAGUUAAGGAGAGGUAACCAAUGUGCACGUGAGGCUUUAGAUCUUGUCUUCACUAGGAAAACGUUGUGGGAGCUAGAACCUGAACCCAAGAGACAGUAGUCAGUAGUGAUGGCAAAGGCAGCAUUGGGAGGGAUUUGGAGAAGCUGUGGGUUUAUUUGACCAAAGUGCCUUUGAGUCGGUGACCAAACUACUUAACUUGCUACGUCACCCUGCCUGUCUAAUGGGCUGGACUCUUGGCGAGCUGCCUGUGCUAACAGACCCUACGAGGAUCCCGAGGUCCUUUCCUCUGUGCGAUAUGCUGCACUGGAAGCUGCUGAGGAGAGGAGUGUGGGUGGAAGGCAGGUUCGCUGGUGGCUCCCUGCUUUUGUUCAGGAGCAGAGUAGUGACCAUGUGAAUUCUGCCUCCCAGCAGGAGCUGCUUGUACAUAUGUAUCUAUCACCCUCUCCUCAUGCCACUGAUCCAGAGAGACUGGCAGGAAGUGCAGCUUUUGGGGACACCUGCUGCCUUUAAUGUGUGAGAGAGUCCAUCUUUGCACCAAGCAGGGGGGUCACUGAGGACUGUCACGCCAGUGGCAGGAAACUAACCAAGUGGCAUGAGAUUUUGCGGGGAAUGUUUGCAACCAUGUCUCCAAGUGCCAUCUCCUCUUUGCCCGCUCUGCCGCAUGCCCUUUGACCCCAAAAAGGUGGAGAAGGCCUCCAAUGUGGAGAAGCAGUUGUCCUCCUACAAGGCUCCCUGCAGAGGGUGCAGUAAGAAGGUGACCCUAGCGAAGAUGAGAUCCCACGUUUCAUCCUGCGCUAAGGUUCAAGAGCAGAUGGCCAACUGCCCGAAGUUUGCUCCGGUGGUCCCAACUUCCCAGCCCAUUCCCAGCAAUAUUCCAAACCGUUCCACUUUUGUCUGUCCUUAUUGUGGAGCCCGGAACCUGGACCAGCAGGAGCUGGUCAAGCACUGCAUGGAGAACCACCGCAAUGACCCCAACAAAGUGGUGUGCCCUGUCUGUUCAGCGAUGCCCUGGGGGGACCCCAGCUACAAGAGCGCCAACUUCCUGCAGCAUCUCCUACACAGGCACAAGUUCUCCUAUGACACCUUUGUGGACUAUAAUAUCGAUGAAGAAGCAGCGUUGCAGGCUGCGUUGGCGCUCUCCCUCUCGGAGAACUGAAGGCGACUGCUGAGCAGCGGUGUGGAUCCUUUGCACAGGUCGCCUUUCCGCUAGGAGAGGUGUGACACUUGUUAAUCCCUCUGCAUUCCCUAGAGAUUAGGCAGCCCAUCUCUGGUUAAAUUGCACCUUGUUUAAUAAGGUGGAAUCUUUCGUUGCACAAUGAAAUGGUGAGCGAGCGUGAUCUGGUGAGAGUGACACCGGCUGGAUGGGAAGAGGCAAAGGUGACCUUACCAAAUGUUUGUUUUUUCCAAUUGGGCAUUUCAUAUCCAUAUACGGAGUAUAUAGCUCUCUAUAUUUAUUAUUAGAUGCUUUUUGGCACCGUUGCUCCUCUUAUUUGUUGCAGUUAAUGGGUACAUAAAACAGUGAUGCAUUUUAUGUAAAAUGCCCUAGAUUUCAAUUCUUAUCCAUGGGGUUUUUUUAAAGCGUUGAGCGUUUUUUAACCUCGUAAGAGUAUUUAUUGAGAUGUUGGCCCUCCAUCCUCCUGAGGGCAUGAGCGGUCUAUUGCUCAGCUCUAUUGCUGCUGCUCACGGAAGGCCAGAGGCAACGAAGCGCAUUGGUCUAAAUCUGGGAGCGAAUCUGCUGCUCUCAGAUACCGCUAUAACAGGUCUGUUAAAAAGAGCUAGGUAGAAAUGGGAAGGAAUACUGUCCUGCCACUGGCAUUCUUUCACUUCCUCAUUUUGUACUGGCUUUUGUGAUACUAGAGUUCUUGCAUUUUUUCUACAUUAAUCGGUGUGAGACCUUUUCACGUUUUAUAAAGCCAAAAAAAGCAGUUACUCUUCA